AGUUAUUCAUUAUGCUCUUGUUUGCAGAACCGGGAACUGGACUUCGUCCGUACGGUUUCCAUGUUUGAUUAUUUAAUUACUGCUCUCUGGAGUGCGCGUACCGCAUGAGGAAGUUCAUUUCUUGGUCGUGGGCCAUUCCAACGAGUUAGAAUGGAUACUAUCUUUAAGCUUCUGAGUUUCAUUCUCGUUUUUGAGCUGGUUUCUGGUGAUACUGCGGAACUCGACACGAAUGGCUAUGUUACCUACUGUCCUUGUAUGGGCCGAUUCGGUAACCAAGCUGACCACUUCCUCGGGUCCCUUUCAUUUGCCAAAGCGCUGAACAGGACGCUAGUCUUGCCACAUUGGAUACUCCACCGCCCCCCGCGGGAUCCAGGGCCAACCUCCGUUAUGAUCCCUUUUGAUGACUGGUUUGAAGUGGAACCACUGAAGGCGUUCCACCGCGUUGUGCUUAUGAAGGACUUCAUUGCCCGUGUUUCCCCCGUUGUGUGGUCUCCAGAAAACCGAACAGGUACUUCUGUGGUUGUGUUGACCAUGAGCUUGCGGUCACGCGAUGUGAAGGUCGCCGUCCCUUGUGCUCUGUUUAUAUGA